ACCCUGCAGCGCGGGUGAGAGGCGCGGGAGCGCGCAGCUCGCGGACUGCGCUGGCCGCGAACCGGGACGCCAGGGCUCCACACUCUGCACCCAGGGGCUCCAGCGUCCGGAUCCCCCGCGCCUUGGGUCCGGGCCGAGGACGGCGAGCAGACGCCCGCGCCCCCGAGGCCGGCGCCCAGCGAGGCGGGCCGCGAGGCUGGUGUGUCGCGGCGGGCGCUUCUGGAGGGGCCAAUGCGCAUAGGCAGCAGCCCCUGACGAUCGAACCCGAGACUGGGAGAGACGGAGCCAAGCCGAGAGAGGACGGACUGGGACCAUGGGCCAAGAGCGGUGCGCGGCGGCCGGCCCUGCCUUGCGGCGGUGGCAGCUGCUGGGGGCCUUGGCAGUGGGGUUCCUGGCCCAGAGCGUCUUGGCGGGUGUGAAGAAGUUCGAUGUGCCCUGUGGAGGGAGAGACUGCAGUGGCGGCUGCCAGUGCUACCCCGAGAAAGGAGGACGCGGUCAGCCAGGACCAGUGGGCCCCCAGGGCUACACCGGGCCUCCUGGGCUGCAAGGCUUCCCGGGGCUACAGGGCCGAAAAGGUGACAAGGGCGAAAGAGGAGCUCCUGGGAUAGUAGGACCCAAAGGGGACGUGGGAGCAAGAGGCGUCUCUGGGUUCCCUGGUGCUGAUGGAAUUCCGGGACAUCCUGGGCAAGGUGGGCCCCGAGGUCGGCCCGGCUACGACGGCUGCAACGGGACCAGGGGCGACGCAGGUCCACAAGGGCCCUCCGGCUCCGCGGGCUUUCCUGGCUCCCCUGGGCCCCAAGGACCCAAAGGACAGAAGGGUGAACCUUAUGCACUGUCUAAAGAGGACCGCGACAAAUACAGGGGUGAACCUGGAGAGCCUGGACUGGUUGGAUUCCAGGGUCCUCCUGGCCGCCCUGGGCCUAUAGGGCCAAUGGGUCCUGUUGGAGCCCCCGGAAGACCGGGACCACCUGGACCCCCUGGACCAAAAGGACAGCCAGGCAACAGAGGACUGGGUUUCUAUGGAGAAAAGGGUGAAAAGGGUGACAUAGGACUGCCAGGACCCAAUGGGAUCCCGUCAGACACCACGCAUCCCAUCGUGGGACCCACCAGGACCACCAUCCACCUGGAUCAGUAUAAGGGUGAAAAGGGGAGCAGGGGGGAGCCAGGCAUAAAGGGCGUCUCCCUGAAGGGCGAGGAGGGCAUCGUCGGCUUCUCAGGACCACGGGGUCCUCCUGGCUUUGAUGGAGAGAAAGGAUCCCCAGGACAGAAAGGAAGCCGAGGCCUGGAUGGUUACCAAGGCCCUGAUGGGCCCAGAGGACCCAAGGGGGAACCAGGUGAUCAGGGUCCCCCAGGACCACCUGCCUACUUGCCUCAUCCUUCCCUGGCUAAAGGUGCCAGAGGUGACCCAGGAUUCCCAGGAACUCAUGGGGAGCCAGGAAGCCGGGGCGAGCCAGGAGACCCUGGGCCUGCAGGUCCCCCUGGCCUGUCCAUUGGAGAUGAAGAUGAGAAGAGAGGCCUGCCCGGGGAGAUGGGCCCCAAAGGCUUCCAAGGAGAACCAGGCAUCCCUGCAUUCUACCCUGGCCCACCUGGAGCUGAUGGAAGGCCAGGUCUCCCAGGAGCCCGUGGGCCUGCUGGACCGCCUGGACCAGAUGGUUUCUUGUUUGGCCUUAAAGGAGCACAAGGACCCGUGGGCUUCCCUGGGCCUUCUGGUUUCCCAGGAAGUAGAGGAACGAAAGGAGGGAAAGGUGACGCUGGGGACUGUAAAUGUGCAGAAGGUGAUCAGUUCAUCGGGGGUCUUCCAGGACUGCCAGGACCCAAAGGUUUCCCGGGUAUCAAUGGGGAACCAGGGAGGAAAGGGGACCAAGGAGACCCCGGACAGCACGGCAUCCCUGGGUUCCCAGGGUUCAAGGGAGUCCCUGGCAUAGCUGGUGUUCCUGGACCCAAGGGAAUUAAAGGGGAUUCCAGAACAAUAACCACCAAAGGUGAGAGAGGACAGCCAGGUGUCCCAGGUGUGCACGGGAUGAAAGGCGACGACGGUGUCCCAGGGCGUGACGGGCUCGAUGGCUUCCCCGGCUUGCCAGGCCCUCCUGGGGAUGGCAUCCGAGGCCCUCCAGGGGACGCAGGUUACUCAGGCAUACCUGGAACCAAGGGCAUUCCCGGAGAACCGGGCCCCCCAGGACUGGGCUUACCAGGCCAGAAGGGCGAGCGUGGAUUCCCUGGAGAUGCUGGGCUCCCUGGACCUCCAGGCUUCCCCGGUCCUCCAGGCCCCCCGGGAACCCCAGGACAGCCAGAUUGUGACACAGAUGUUAAAAGGCCCCCUGGCGGUGACAGACAGGAGGCCGUCCAGCCAGGUUGUGUCGGAGGCCUCAAAGGAUCUCCUGGCCGGCCAGGCCCCCCAGGUCCCCCAGGUACCAAAGGCCUCAGAGGGAUACCAGGCUUCUCAGGAACUGAUGGAGCACCAGGGCUCAAGGGCUUUCCUGGAGAUCCAGGUCGGGAAGGGUUUCCAGGACCCCCAGGGUUCAUGGGACCCCGAGGAUCCAAAGGUGCUGUGGGCCUCCCCGGCCCUGAUGGACUCCCAGGCCCUGUUGGCCUGCCCGGACCAGCUGGACCCCCUGGAGACAGGGGACUUCCAGGAGAAGUCUUGGGGGCCCAGCCCGGGCCCCGGGGAGAUGCUGGACUACCUGGACACCCGGGGCUGAAAGGUCUUCCAGGAGAGAGAGGCCCCCCAGGAUUCAGAGGAAGCCAGGGGAUGCCUGGAAUGCCAGGGUUGAAGGGUCAGCUGGGCUUUCCGGGACCGUCAGGCCAGCCAGGACGACCCGGGCCUCCAGGACAACAUGGAUUCCCAGGAGCUCCUGGCCCAGCGGGGCCAUUGGGGCGACCAGGUGCCCCAGGCCUCGGAGGUCUUCCUGGGGACAGGGGGGACCCUGGUGACACAGGCGUGCCUGGCCCUGUGGGCAUGAAAGGUCUCUCCGGGGAUAGAGGAGAUGCUGGCUUCUCAGGCGAGCGAGGUCACCCAGGAAGCCCUGGAUUUAAAGGAAUGGCUGGAAUGCCUGGUGUCCCUGGACGAAAAGGGGAGAGAGGUUCUCCUGGGAUGGACGGCUUCCAAGGCAUGCUGGGGCUCAAAGGAAGACCCGGGCUCCCAGGAACCAAAGGAGAGGCGGGAUUUUUUGGCAUACCUGGUCUGAAGGGCCUGGCUGGCGAGCCGGGUGUGAAAGGCAGCCGUGGAGACCCUGGUCCCCCGGGACCACCUCCCAUCAUCCUGCCAGGGAUGAAGGACAUCAAAGGAGAGAAAGGAGACGAAGGGCCCAUGGGCCUGAAGGGGUACCUGGGCUUGAAAGGAAUCCAAGGGAUGCCAGGGGUCCCCGGGCAGGCAGGAAUCCCAGGGUUACCUGGGAGGCCCGGCCACAUCAAAGGAGUCAAAGGAGACAUCGGAGUGCCUGGCCUGCCAGGUCUGCCAGGGUUCCCUGGAGUGGCGGGCCCCCCUGGGAUUGCAGGAUUCCCGGGGUUCACAGGAAGCCGGGGUGACAAGGGUGCUCCUGGGAGAGCCGGCCUUUACGGCGAGAUUGGCCCUACUGGGGACUUCGGUGAUAUUGGGGACACUAUAGACUUACCAGGAAGUCCAGGCCUGAAGGGAGAACGAGGCAUCGCUGGAACUCCAGGACUGAAGGGCUACUUUGGAGAGAAAGGAGCAGAGGGUGAAGUUGGCUUCCCUGGGAUAACAGGCAUGACUGGAACCCAAGGCUCUCCUGGACCCAAAGGACAAACAGGCUUCCCAGGGCUAACAGGGCUGCAGGGACCACAGGGAGAGCCAGGGCGGAUCGGAGUCCCCGGCCAUAAAGGCGAUUCUGGCUGGCCCGGCGUGCCAGGCUUACCAGGUUUCCCGGGAAUCCGAGGGAUCAGUGGAUUACACGGCCUGCCGGGUACCAAAGGCUUCCCAGGGUCCCCAGGUGCUGACAUCCAUGGAGAACCAGGAUUCCCAGGACCUACUGGGGACAGAGGUGACCCAGGAGAGGCCAACACUCUUCCUGGCCCCACAGGAGUCCCAGGACGGAAAGGGGAGCAGGGAGCUCCAGGGGAACGGGGCCCAGCCGGGAGUCCAGGGCUGCAGGGCUUCCCUGGCAUCACCCCCCCUUCCAACAUCUCUGGGUCUCCUGGAGACAAAGGCGCACCAGGCAUAUUUGGCCUGGAAGGUUACCGAGGCCCACCAGGGCCACCUGGGCCUGCGGCCCUUCCUGGGAGCAAAGGAGAUGACGGGAGUCCAGGAGCUUCAGGAGUCCCUGGGGGCAAAGGACGGGUCGGGGACCCGGGACCGCAAGGCCGACCUGGUGUGUUUGGCCUUCCAGGAGAAAAAGGCCCCAGGGGCGAGCCAGGAUUCAUGGGCAACACUGGAGCCACCGGGGCUGUGGGCGACAGAGGCCCCAAGGGGCCCAAAGGAGACCAGGGGUUCCCCGGUGCCCCUGGUUCUAUGGGAUCCCCAGGGAUCGCAGGAGUCCCCCUGACGAUUGCUGUCCAGCCUGGGACAAUGGGCCCCCAGGGGAGGAGAGGUCCUCCUGGGGCACAGGGGGAGAUGGGGCCCCAAGGCCCUCCUGGAGAGCCAGGUUUUCGAGGAGCUCCAGGGAAGGCCGGGCCCCAGGGAAGAGGUGGCGUGUCUGCUGUCCCAGGGUUCCGAGGGGAUCAAGGGCCAAUGGGGCAACAGGGACCAGUUGGCCAAGAAGGGGAGCCAGGCCGUCCGGGGGUCCCAGGCCUGCCUGGCCUGCCGGGCCGCAGCGCCAGCAUCGGCUACCUCCUGGUGAAGCACAGCCAGGCGGACCGGGAGCCCAUGUGCCCCGUGGGCAUGAACAAGCUCUGGAGUGGAUACAGCCUGCUGUACUUUGAAGGCCAGGAGAAAGCCCACAACCAGGAUCUGGGGCUGGCGGGCUCCUGCCUCGCACGCUUCAGCACCAUGCCCUUCCUGUACUGCAACCCGGGCGACGUCUGCUACUACGCCAGCCGCAAUGACAAGUCCUACUGGCUCUCCACCACCGCCCCGCUGCCCAUGAUGCCGGUGGCCGAGGAUGAAAUCAAGCCCUACAUCAGCCGCUGCUCCGUGUGCGAGGCCCCAGCUGUCGCCAUCGCAGUCCACAGUCAGGACGUCUCUAUACCCCACUGCCCGGCUGGCUGGCGCAGCUUGUGGAUCGGCUACUCCUUCCUCAUGCACACUGCGGCUGGGGACGAAGGUGGCGGCCAGUCUCUGGUGUCACCGGGCAGCUGUCUGGAGGACUUCCGCGCUACACCAUUCAUCGAGUGCAACGGCGGCCGUGGGACCUGCCACUACUAUGCCAACAAGUACAGCUUCUGGCUGACCACCAUCCCCGAGCAGAGCUUCCAGGGCGCGCCCUCCGCGGACACGCUCAAGGCCGGCCUCAUCCGCACGCACAUCAGCCGCUGCCAGGUGUGCAUGAAGAACCUGUGAGGCCGCAGCGCCCCGGCCGCAGGGCCACUCUGGUGCUCGUUCUUAACUAUUACCUCAGACGCUGACCCCAAAGCUGAAUUUAUCAUCCUCCUCUAAAAACAAUAAAAAGGCUACCAAAGGAAUUCAGCACCAGCACUUCCACUAGACCGCCUGCACUGUCAGCCAGUGGGCGCUGGUGGCUCCAGACCGCAGACCGCUGCCCUGCUCUGCCCGCAGGACAGCCACGCCCACAGGUGUGGCUCACCGCUUAACGUGCCUCUACCUGCCACUCCCCCUGCCAAGACAGCUCCCUGGUCCCCUCUGCAGCGCGGUGCCCGAAGGCCAUAGUGCAGUGGCCACAGCCCAGGACCGCCACCUGCUCCUGCCCGGGGCUCCCACCAAGGGCCUGGUGCUAUUUCCUAGGUCACUGGGGUGGCAGCCCUGUGUUCUCCCAUUCAUGCCAGCGAGACCUGCACCCUCUAAGGAGGCCACCCUUUGAGGGGCCCUCACAGCCACACACGUCCUUCCUGCACGUCCCUAUGGGCCACUAGGUUCGGCCAUACUCAUGGAAGCAAAGACGUUUUUGGUGUCACACCUGUUGGAAGGCAAAUGUGGCGGUGUCAUGUCUCUGGCCACAGUCCUGUGGAACCCACCCUCCCCGUUCUCCCUGGUGAGCUGUCCUCUACUUCCUGUCCAUGUAACAACCACAAAAUAAACGUUGGUCUUGAACAUUUCUAAACCCCA